ACACAAAGGUGGAACGAGUUAAAAGUUGUAACCGCAUUUUAAAAAAUGGUUUCAUGCAAUGCGUUUAUUUGAACAUUCCUCCACCUCAUACGCUCAUUGCUAUUACUGUGACUCGCGCUAUGACUCCCUCAACUGAACCUUUGGAAAAUGCUCCUUUUAUUAAAGUGAGCAAUCACAAUAAUAAUGAUCCUCACCUUGCUCAACAUGCUGGUCAAAGAUUUGCAAUUCUCGGUGAUUUUGCUCAACUUUUAGAAGUUGAACUUAAGCCUGGUCAAAGUUUUCGAAGUGAACCUGGCUCAAUGGUUUACAUGAAAAAUAUAAAGUCUCUAAAAAUAGAAACAGGAGGCUUCGGAGAUGCCUGUUUACGAAGCUGUUGUGCCGGAGAAGAUUUUUUCAGGGUUAAUUAUGUUAACAAAACUUCAGAGCUUGCUUAUGUUGGAAUAGCGCCGGCUUUACCUUCAAAAAUUAUUGCUUUGGAUCUUUCUCAGUAUCCAGAAGGGAUUAUAUAUAAAAACGGUGCAUUUUUAGGGACAUUUGAUUUAAACGUGAAUUUUAACUACAAAACCACCGGCAGUGUUGCAGCGGGUUGCUUUGGCGGUCAGGGAUUUGUCUUGAACAUUUGUAAGGCAAACACUUUUACUUUUUUUAAUGCGUGCGGAACAAUUAUAGAAAAGUAUUUGGCGGACGGCGAAAUUUUGCUUGUGGACACAAACGCCGUUGUGCUUAUGGAAUUAAGUUUAAAAUAUUCAGUAAAAAGAUCCGGAGGCUGCGGAGUUUGCUGUUGUGGUGGUGAAGGGCUUUUUAAUACUAAACUAACUGGGCCAGGCCUCGUUAUCUUGGAAAGUGCCUCUUGGAACAGACUGGUUCAGCAAACUUCUGAACAAAAUUCUGCUUAAGCUCAACAAAAUAA